AUGUGAUGUCAUCAAUGAGCGACCGGACCCCACAUGGUAGCCUGCUAAAGUUUUGACAGCAGUUUUCUAAGGGUCAGCAUGGCCGGGCAGUGGUCUGAGGGCCACUCCACAUCCAUCCUGUGUGUCGGGGCGUCUUCAGGCCCCGAGGGUCUCCUCGCCUCAGGCUCAGAGGGUGGAGAGGUCACAUUGUGGAGCCAAGAGGGAACCAUCAUAGGCCGUCUCACUCUCCCUGGUGGAGAGGACAGCACCAGUGUUGUGUUUUCUCAUGCAGCUCCCGGACAGCUGUACGUGUCACAUGGAGAUGCAGUGAGUGUACUGGAUCCCCGAAACCUGAAGGGCCCUGUGGAGGAGUUUCAGGGUGCAGGGGAGGAGGAGAUCAAUGCGUUGUCCCUCAAUGAGACCGGGUCAGCCCUGGCAGUGGCUGAUGACUCCGGGGCGGUCCGGGUACUGGAGCUUCCUGGAGGAAAAGUGUGCAGGACUCUUCGUAGACACACUAACAUUUGCUCCUCUGUUGCUUUUCGGCCACACAGGCCCAACAACCUCAUUUCUGCUGGACUCGACAUGCAGGUGAUGCUGUGGGGUCUGCAAAAGACGCGCCCUCUUUGGACCGUGAACCUCCAGGAUGUGGCAGAGGAAGAAGGGGACGAUCAGCAGCGUCCUGGGCAGCUUUUUAACCCGCCUCUGGUCCACUGUGUCUCUGUGGCGAGUUGUGGGAACAUUCUGGGUUGUGCGGCAGAGGACGGGCGGGUGCAUGUGAUUCGGAUCGGCAGCGGCUCUAAACUGGAACAGCAGGGAGCAGUCAAGGCUCACAGUCAGGGGGCCUCACAAGCCCACUUUGUUAGUUUCCUUUCCCACCCUCACUGGCUCCUCACCGGGGGAAAUGACGGCCUGGUCGCCCUGUGGGACCUCAGUAAGCACCCAGUGGUGACUCCAGAGGCAAAGGCUGGAGUCACCGCUGCCCCACGCAGGAAGAGUAAGAGCAAAGCAAAGAGGAAAGAACAAUCCCAGAAUAAAGCCAAAUCCCCACCAAAGGUUGAAGCAGAGAAAGAAGAAGAAGGGGAGGAGGAGGAAGAGGCAGCAUGUGCAGAAGAGGUGACGGAGGAGAAGUCUGGCCCCAAACUUCGCAUCAGUCACGGGGACAAAGUGAACUGGCUGUGCCCUGUUGUGCUGAAAGGAGAGCCCAGUGUGGUGGUGGCAGAUCAGAGCGCCAGCCUGACAGUCUACCCUCUGUCUCCACUUUAGAUUAACUUAAAAACAUGCUCAUAUCUUGUCUUGUUUUAAGUUUAUAGUUUUGAAACUCUGUAAGGUGUGCUCAGAACAAAUGUGGAGCAGAUUUUGCAUUGCGUUUUGAGAACAUUUGGGCCUAACAGCCAAUAGACUUACCUCUAAAUAUACUUAAACAUUUAAUUCCACCAUCAGCCUGUACACACUUUUCCUGGCAUGUGCCUGUUGUGUCGUCUCUCCCUAACAUUAGUCGCAUUGUAUUAUAGAGCUUCGGGUGCCCACAAACGGCAACAAUUAGUUUUCCCUCUAUUUCCUAUUCUUGGUGAUAGAGUCUUUGUAUGUUAUCGUACAGAGCAGAAGCUGCUUUGCAUUUGGCCUUAGCACACCUCAGAGUAUACACUCCUGUUUGAUGAUGUAUGAACCUGUUGCAUCACUAUUUGGACAGGAUUUUAAAUAGUCGCUGUAAAAGUGGGAUCUUGCAGAAAACAAACACUGGUGUUCCAAAAAGCACUGGAACAAACAAAUCUGUUUCCUUUGAGUUUCUACAUAAUAUUCAACUGACUAAAUGUUGUGUUUCAGUUGAUGCCAUAUUUACUGAUUGAAUUUGGCUUGUUUGUUGUUUUGCAUGUGUGUGUGGUCCUAUACAAAAAAUGUCUUCCUUGGAAAUACAUCUUGCAACACAUGCCUUUUGUGAGCUGUAAAACUACCACACCAUAGAAAAUAGGAACGUAGCAUAUUUACCAGUCUGUGGUGCUUUUGUAGAGUAAAGACAUCUCAAUCCAAACCAGGUGCCAGACAGAUUAAAACAAUCCCAGUA